AUGAGUCGUAAAAAGCACUCAAAAGCUUGUGUUUACAUCGUAGUAGCAACAAACAGGAGGGAUGUUGAUUGGCUGUACUUCAAAAAACACUUAAAACUAAUCUUUUUCUUGGCCAAUUUACCAUAUUCGCAUGAGACUGGAACACCUGCCCUACGGAAAAGGCUGCACAAAUGCACCAAUAAGAAGUCUGCCAUGCCUUUACACUCCCAUGAUGCCUCAGUGAUAAAAAUAAUGAGAAGAACUAAAUGUUAUUACCCUAUUGCUGAUGAUUCACGCGAGGGUAAUGUAAAAUGCAUGAACCCACCCCUUCAUUCCAUUAAUGCUGCAUACUACGCCAUUCACCACCUCAAUCAUCGUUGA